AUGUCCAGUCCCAGAAAAGUCGUCGAGUUGUUUUAUGAUGUCGUUUCUCCGUAUUCCUGGCUGGCAUUUGAGGUGCUGUGUCGCUAUAGAAAUAUUUGGAACAUCGACCUCAAAUUUAAACCAGCAUUUUUAGGGGGAGUCAUGCAAGGCUCAGGUAACCGCCCCCCUGCAGUGAUCCCUAAUAAGUUUUAUUAUAUGAACACCGAUCUGAAACGGCUGUCUGAGUACUUUGUGGUCCCUUUGAAUCCACCUUCAAAUCCUGUUGAGGCGAUGUUUGAGAAAGGCUCUUUGAAUGCGAUGCGUUUUGUGACAGCUGUAGCAGAAAAGGACAAAGAGGGAGACGUGCUGGUGGAGAGGGUGUCUAGAGAGCUGUGGAAAAGAAUCUGGAGCACUGAUCAGGACAUUACCCAGCCUGCCUCAUUCAUUGAGGUGGGAUUAAAGGCAGGUCUCUCAGCCAAUGAGGUGGAGGAAAUUCUGACCCUCGCCAAAUCUCAGCCAAUCAAAGACAAGCUGAAGAGUGUCACACAGGAAGUACUGGAGUAUAGAUGCUUUGGUUUUCCGUGCACUGUGUGUCAUGUGAACGGAAAGGCUGAGGUCUUCUUUGGCUCUGACAGAUUUGAGCUCAUGGCUCAUUGCAUUGGGGAGAAGUGGAUGGGGCCUCAGCCUCUCAAACCCACAGCCAAAAUGUGAUCACUACUCCUCCAUACUCUGUAUAUUUCAACAACUUCUAAAUAAAAAUUUAAUUUGAUGUAAA